UGCUUAUUCAGUUGAGCUUGAGCUUGCUUUCCGCCCGGUCGGGAAUUCUCAGUGGCGAUUCGUUGAUAACCUGCGUAUGUUGAUGCCUAGACGCCGGACUGCAUUGACUAUCGUAGUGAAACAGCGCGAAAGGACGAAAGGACAGAGGGAAUGUUCUGCGGUGGCACUCUUGAACCGUUGUGAACCGAAUAUAGAUAAGUGCGUUCUCGUGUUGUGACUAUGACCAAAUUUCGGUGAAACCAUGUUUACCAAUGAUCAUCGAUGCGGGAAAACACUCAAUCAAUAACGGUCAUUGGUUUUGGAAAAAUAACGCUACACUUUGUACGGAAGCAUAUUUAAUGUGAUGUGAUAUCAGUUUUCAAGUGGAGAUAGAUUGGAUGUGUGGUUCAUGAAGUAGACACCGAAUUGUAGCCAAUUACUGCGGAUCGGACAAGCUGAACAACGUUUUGGUCUCCGAAUUUUCGUCGGGGGAGGUAAUGAAAUAGUGUUUGUUUGUAUACAACUUCGGUAUCAUCGAGAGAAUUCUAGUGUCUCCCAGCCCAGCGAAUUCGCAGGGCAUUUGAAUCGGGAAUUAAUUGGAUUGACCAACAAGCAAGCUGGAUCAAGAGAAUCAGAAUGGUCAGCAAGAAGACUCGCACAGUCAAGAAGUGCCAGAAUGGGACACCGGCUGGCCACAGGGACCAGAAAAGGUGAUCGUAGAGGUUCGUGAGACGGCAACUGAGUCUAUUACAUCGCUAGAAACAAACACUGUAAAUAAUUCCACUGAUAUUUUAGAGGCAUCUGGACCAAAUAUAGUUGUAAGGCCUGAGGAGGCACUCAUUGUCAUUUUUGUACUUGUACUCUGGAUAGGUGCAAUCGGACUUUUCUUCCACCGAUGGGGGAAAAUUCGAAUGCUAGAGCCUUAUCAGCCAAAGUUCAUCCAGCAGCAUCGGGGUUCUUGCCCGCUAGUGGACAUAGACCUAGACUUACCGCCGGUCCCCCAGAGAUCAUCGCUGUCCCGAAUGUCCAUGGGUUUGCAAACAACAAUGACGUCUGUCUGCUCGGGAGGAUAUCCGGGUUACAUCCGCCCCCGGCAGAAUUCCGUUUUUGUUGGGCCGCACGUGGUGUCACCACCGCAACCGCCAAGAAAAACGCGCUCAGCUGUCGACAUCCAUUCGAUGAUACUUAGCGAAGGCGAAUCCGAAGCGGUCUAGCGCGUCUCCCCCCUUCCUUUUUCCCCAUUGUCUAGUCCUGCUACGUCUGGCUGCCAACAGUGGACACAAAGACUCACCGGGAACGCGCAGGGGGAAGAUGCAUCCUACACAGAACAACUAAAUAUUUUUAUAUCAAGUUAUAUAUAUUUACAUUUGGCUUUCCUUUUUAUACAAGAGAUACGUUGAAUGAAGAAGAUGAAAAUGAAGACAGUAAUCGUAAACCAAGUUCGCCCUCGUCGGAUAUGACUAAACCGUAGACUAUUUAUCUCAUAUUUGAAGUGUUGUUUAUACUCGUGCCGUUUUACAACCCAACUAGACGUUGUUUCUUGAGGCCAGCCAAAAUGGCAUAAUCGUAUGUUCGUAGAAGAUUAAACCGGUUAUACAUACAUAUAAAGUGCAGAAUGCAAAUUUAAUUUACGAUAAAUUUGAAAUUCUAAAAAUAGCCUAUCGAUAAGUCAGGAACGAGUACCAAUGAUAAAAUGCGAUUUUAUACACGUAUAUAUGUUUCUAUGUUUUCAUAUCACAAAACGUUGUAGAGAGAGAGGAUAAGUUUGGAUGGCUUCCAACAAUAUAUCGAAUAUCGAACAUUUUAGGAAGGUUGUGCAGCCUUUAAUGCAUAUUUUGCUGCAUGCUCAGUUUCAACGAGUGUAAUCGUUAGAGUUGCUAUCAAUUCCAUAUAGUGUUCACAGCACAUUAAAGUUAUUUUGUAGCAACUGAAAAUUUGUGAAUAGUGAGCACAAAGGUAUUUGUGAAGCUCUUUAACUAACUUCAGUUGAGAAAAAAACCAUGAAAAUAGCACCUUUUGUUUCUAGCAAACAUGCAUUGUUAGUAGAUGUUUAGAUGAAAGAUACUCUAAUAUUUAUUCCCAACCUCUAAAUAUACUUUUGUGAAGCUAGAAAGUGAUUGUUGACAAAGACUACCAGAAUGAAAUGGAAACAUGCUACAUUGUCCAAUUAAUAUCA